AUGUCUUUCGGAAAGAUCUACGGCUCAACCGGCCAUGGCCGUACCAUCCCCUCCAUAGUUGCAGCCAAAGCAAACGGUCUCGACAUCGAAGUCGUCGAGACCAAGGCCAGCAAGACCCCUGAAUAUCUCGAGAUUCACCCUCUCGGCAAGAUUCCUGCCUUCGUUGGUGCAAAUGGCUUCAAAUUGCAUGAGGCUAUGGCCAUCGCCAUCUACAUCACCUCCCAGAAUGAGAAAACCACCCUCUUGGGCACUACCAAGCAGGACUAUGCUUCUAUCCUCCGUUGGAUGUCUUUCGCCAACACCGACCUUAUUACCCGCCUUUGUAGCUGGUACCUUCCUCUCCUUGGCAGCAUCCCCUACAACAAGAAGACCGUUGAGGAGAACGUUGCCGCUACCAACGCUGCCAUGAAGGUGUUGGAGACUCACCUCACCGCUAACACUUUCCUCGUUGGCGAGCGCAUCACUCUCGCUGAUAUCUUUGUUGCCGCUAUCAUUCGCCGUGGAUAUGCCACUGUCUUGGACAAGAAGUGGCGCUCUGAGUUCGUUUCUGUGACUCGUUGGUUCAACACUGUCAUCAACCAGGGUUACUGGAAGGAGUCUGUCCCCGAGUCAACCUUUGUUGAGGAGGCCAUCAAAUACACCCCUCCCAAGAAGGAGGAGAAGCCUAAAAAGGAGGCUGCCCCCAAGCCUGCUGCUGCUGCCAAGGAGAUGAUGAGGAAGAGCCAGAUGUCAAGCCGUCAAUAUUCCAACAAUGAUACCCGCCCUGUUGCCAUGCCCUGGUUCUGGGAACACUACAAGCCUGAGGAGUACUCUCUCUGGCUCGUUGACUACAAAUAUAACGAUGAGCUCAAGCUUACCUUCAUGGCCAACAACUUGAUUGGCGGUUUCUUCGCCCGUCUUGAGGCUUCUCGCAAGUACCUCUUCGGUGCCGCUUCCGUCUACGGCGAGAACUACAAGUGCCUCAUCCGUGGUGCUUUCUUGGUUCGCGGCCAGGAGCACAUCCCUGCUUUCGACGUCGCUCCCGACUGGGAGAGCUACGAGUUCAAGAAGCUCGACCACACCAAGGAGGAGGAUCGCAAGUUGGUCGAAGACCUCUGGGCUUGGGAUACCCCUGUCGUCCGUGACGGCAAGGAGUACCCCCACGUUGACGGUCACGUUUUCAAAUAA